GCUCCAACAACAGCACAUCCGAGUUCCCACUGAAUCAUAAUAGAGUAUAGAAAAUUGUGCCGACCUGUCGAAAAAACGGCGCGAAAAUGUGAUGUGCUGGAGGAGCUACACGCAAUUCUCUGACGAGUUUCGAAAAUCCCCAGCUUAGUGAUCAUAUUAUUACAGACUUGUACAGGCAUAUCGUUCGAGUCAUCCCAAAGUCAUGCCCUCAACGAUGGCCACCAUCCACCUCCCAGCGGACGACGAGCACCAAGUCUAUGUAACUGUAUCUGCAAUCGUUGCCGGUACUCUCUUCCUUCCUCAUGAAGAGGUCUUCCAGGACUGUAUCGGUGAAUCCGAGUCUGAUGAUACUCCGGAAGGGACCAGAGUCCCCACCUUCGCAUUCUUGAUACAACACCCGAAGGAAGGGAAACUCUUGUUCGAUCUUGGAUUGAGAAAGAACGGAGAAGGUUAUCCCCCUUCGGUGAUGGAAGACGCAUUUCCUACAUUCAAACCAGAAUGCAAUGAAGACAUCGUGGACAUCAUUGCGAAGGCAGAAUCUCCUAUCAAACCUCAGGACAUAAACUUCGUGAUUUAUAGUCACCUACAUUUUGACCACGUUGGGGAUCUCACACCAUUUUCCCGUGCAACGCUCGUGAUGGGUCAAGAAUCUGAAAUUUUCAUAAGGAAUCCCUACCCUGAUGAUCCACGAAGCAGUUACAAUGCCUUGCCGGCUGGUCAGCGAGUUUGCCUCCUUGAUUUCACUGCGGAUGCAUCUCCAGCGCGAGGUAUCCCCCACGCGAGACUCAUUAAACCAAUUGGAUCAUUUGAACGCGCCAUUGACUUGUUUGGCGAUGGUUCACUCUACCUCAUCGAUGCACCCGGACACAUGAGCGGACAUGUGGCUGCUCUGGCGCGCAUCGCAAGUGACGCGUUUGUCCUCCUUGCGGCCGACACCUGCCACAGUCGCCAGUGCUAUGUUCCAUCCUCCUCUGGCUCGGUGAGGGAGAUAUCUUCGCUGAACCACCAACAGUGGGAUAUAGCCAAGGUGACAGUCACGAAGCUCACAGAGAUGAACCAUAUGGCCAACGUUGUUGUGGUGCUGGCUCAUGAAGCAGAUAGACUGCAGGAGAAAUGCAAAGAAGAUACGAUGCCUUUAUUCCCGCAGCCGCUGAACGUCUGGGCGAGUCAGCAGCUUGGUAAGAAGUUCAGGAAGUGAUGAAUAGGACAAAGUAGACUUAAGUUGAUGGAAAAUGGUUUAAAACUUGCAAACAAAUAUUUGGA